AUUUCAUAUUCGUGUCUUGCACACGACCCAGAAUACGAAGAAGGCAUGUGUUCCCAACUGUGAUUGUGGUAAACAAAUACUUCUCCGCUCAACGAGUUUUUUGCUUUACGUGUAUGCCCACCCUGUCGAGAUGCGACCUGCCACGGUGAAUUCUGCGAUUAUACUUCAUUGGAUAUCGGAGUGCUGGGCAUUUGGUGAUAGUAAUGUGGUCGGUGCACGGGCUACAUCGAACAAUACUUCACUCCAGCCGGUGGUAAUUGGUGCCAGUCAAUAUUUCGAGGGUAACGACGGACCAUGGAGCACCUUCGAUGUUCGGGUUGGUGAGCCGGCGCAGGAUAUCCGGGUGCUCGUCUCUACAGCUUCUCCGCAGUCAAUGGUCGUAGUGUCAGAAUCUGGCUGCUCAACAGCUGUAUUCGCGACCGUCCCUGCAGGCUGCGCAGUUUCCAGAGGUAAUCUCUUCAACUGGAACGAUUCAUCGAGUUGGAUAGAUGUAGGUCUCUACGGGAUCAAUCAAGACGGCGUUGGUCUCGAAGCAAACCUGGGUUACUCCCAGAGGGCUGAAUUUGGGCUAGAGACUCUAGCUAUAGGUCUCACUGGGCCUAGCCUUGAGAACCAGACUGUUGCGGGCAUUGCCACUGCUGAACCUUUCUAUCUUGGAGUAUUUGGACUCAACAGCCAGCCAGUCAACUUUACCACUCUGGGGAAUUACUCUGCGCCUUCAUUUCUCACAACAUUGAAAGAUGAAGGCAGGAUACCAAGCUUGAGCUGGAGUUAUACAGCUGGCGCCCAAUAUCGUCUCAAAGAAGUAUAUGGCCAAUUGAUCUUCUCCGGGUAUGACACUUCGCGGUUUACAGAGAACUCGGUAACUUUUACAAUGGCAGACGAUCUCACUCGUGACCUUGUCGUUGUUGUUCAAUCUAUCAGUUACAGCGGUUCCACUUCAGCAACUCUUCUUUCCGACCCCAUCAAUAUUUUUAUUGACUCGACGGAUCCCAACUUUUGGUUACCCGACCAAGUUUGUGAUGCAUUUGAGCAUGCAUUUGGUCUGACAUUGGAUGACACGACCGGUUUAUACUUAGUGAAUGAAACUCACCAUACCACACUCGUUAACUCCAACGCAGAGGUAACCUUCAGAUUAUCGGAUGUUACUUCUGGCGGCGAUUCCGUGAGGAUAGUUCUUCCUUAUGAUGCGUUUGACCUGACAGCAGAGUAUCCUCUAGUAGAAAAUACAAGCUACUAUUUCCCGCUCAAGCGUGCUGCGAACUCAACACAAUACACAUUGGGUCGUGCAUUUCUACAGGAAACCCAUCUAUCGGCCGAUUAUGAGCGCGGUGUGUUCAACGUCUCUGCAUGUGUAUGGAAUGAAGGUGCUGAAGAAAAUAUUGUUGCUAUUACAUCUAAAGACUCCGAUGAAUCUAGCGGAGCAGGUGGCGACCCGUCCGCUCAUUCUUCUGGAAGCUCAUCACUCAGCGGCGGUGCUAUAGCCGGGAUUGUAGUUGGUGUAGUGGUUGGCAUUCUCAUUGUUGCUGCAAUCAUUGCUUUCAUCCUGCGUCGCCGGCGAAGGAAGGUAUCAUAUGCAGCAUCCGAGCCAGAGCCAGAUGAGUCUGUUCUUGAAGGUCCGGAGCAUAACACCGGCCCCAAGCCAGAAAUCAAGCUUCCCAAUGGACCAGAACUAGACGGGAAUACCCCACAGAUCUACCAGCUACACGGUGAUUCCAGCCGACACAUUGCACCAAAAGAGCCAGCUCCACAACAACCAAUAUACGAACUGGCAGCGAGCGAAGCCGGGCGAUCAGGUACGGAUAGGGUGUCUACACUGACUACUACACCCUCACCGGAUGAAAAAGCAAAGGCAGGAGAGGCCUCACCUCCGUCACCUUACGUUUCAACACUGGGAACUACCGGAUGGCCUGAAGGAGAGAGGUGGGAGGCGUCUUCUGAUAUUGUGUCUCCCACAACCCCAAUUCAUGGAGGAUCAUAUGCUGCUCAUCGGGGAUCAUAGUAUUUCGGACGUCUCAUUGAGUUCAAAAACAUUAAUAAUCUUG